UAACACGUGGGUUGUGUCUAAGUGAAACCGAAGCAGUGGGAAAAGACCGUAUUCUGCUUUCCAUAGGAGGGUUGUGGGCAGUAUGGAGGAGUCCGUCCCUGAUCGUGGACAACUGAUAGCGGAGAGCGAUUACGUGGUACUUAAGAGAGAAGAAGUGUAUAAAGCUGUCCAAGUUCAGAGAAGAAAGAAAAUUAUUUUUGAAAAGCAGUGGAUCCAUCUGGAUAAUGCAAUUGGAAAGCACUAUGGCACUACAUUUGAGAUUACCAGUGGUGGCAAUCUUGAACCAAAGAUAAAAGUAGUUGCUGCAACAGAGUUAAAAGAAGCAGGUGCUGAUAACCGAAAUAUAGUUGAUGAUGGAAAAUCUCAGAAGUUAACAAGGGAUGAUAUUGAAGCAUUAAAGGAGAAAGGCAUCAAAGGCCAGGAGAUAGUUCAGCAUCUUAUUGAGAACAGCACUACAUUUCGCGACAAGACAGAAUUUGCUCAAGAAAAGUACAUAAAGAAGAAAAAGAAAAAAUAUGAUGCAGCCAUUACAAUAGUGAAACCUUCUACUCGUAUUCUUUCAAUGAUGUAUUAUGCUAGAGAACCCGGGAAGAUCUGCAACCUCCGAUAUGAUACCCUGGCGCAGUUGCUAACAUUAGGGAAUAUUUAUGCUGGAAGUAAAGUAAUUGUAAUGGAAACGUGUGCUGGCUUAGUUUUGGGAUCUGUUAUGGAGCGGAUGGGAGGUUUUGGAUCCGUUAUACAGAUGUAUCCAGGCGGUGGGCCUGUCAGAGCUGCAACAGACUGUUUUGGUUUUCCAAAAUCCUUCUACAAAAACCUUUAUGAGUUUCCACUCAGUAAAGUGGAGAAUCUUGUGUCAGGAACAUUUUCUUCACAGACUUUAGUAUCUGGCAUUGAUGAUGUACCAGCUGAUGAAGAUAGUAAUGGAUUAGCAAGUGAAAAGCAAGACGUUGAAGAGGAAUCCAGUUCUGCCACCGAAAUGGAAACCGUAACGGACACCAGCACACAGAAUCCACCCGAUUUAAUGGAAAGUAGCAGUGAGACCACAGACAACCAUCAGAAAGGGCAGAAGUCUGAGAAGAAACAACUUGUAGUAGAAAAGAAACGAAAACAAGAUGAAAGAAGAAAAAAGGAAUCAGAAGCAGCUGUUUUAUUGCAGCAUAGGAAUGCAGAUGGAUUAAUUGUUGCCUCAAGGUUCCAUCCGACUCCUGUAGUACUUUCCUUGCUGGAAUUUGUUGCUCCUUCAAGACCCUUUGUUGUCUACUGUCAGUAUAAAGAGCCACUCCUUGAAUGUUACACAAAACUCAGAGAAAAAGGUGCUGUAAUUAAUCUUAAACUCUCUGAAACCUGGUUGAGGAAUUAUCAGGUACUCCCAAACCGAAGCCACCCAAAACUUGUAAUGAGUGGCGGUGGUGGGUACAUAUUGCAUGGAAUUACUGUGGUCAAGGAAGCUUCCAAGUCAAAAACCAGCGGUCAAGAAAAGGUUGAUGAACCAUUAGCAAAAAAAGCCAAAGUUGAAGAACUGGAAAGCUAACAUUUUAGAAAUAUGUUUAAUCCUAUUUUUUGUAUAUUAGCAUUUCAAAAUGUCAUGGAACCAGCAUACUUUCUUUUUAUUUAAUUUUUAUCAUAUGCCUUUCAAUAAUUUAGGCUCAAAUGUUAUUAGAGUAUCUUCUUUGCCACAUUUAAAAAUAAAACAUAUUUGUUUAUUCUCAAA